AUGGAGGUAUUUGGAAAAUCACCCAUGGUUAGCUCUGCGAAUGUUAUUUACUUGUCUGCGAUUCUGGGUCGCGAAUGCGAUGGACCCAACAAUCAGUCUCACAAAUGUGACUGGAAAUGUGAGAAUGAGAUUGUUUGUGGGAACAUGUACCGCUGCAAACUAACUGGCCUGACUCACGUCUGCGACAAGAACUGUGACCAGCGGAUUCUCUAUGAUAACCACAGCUCUCUCUGCCGAGCCAGCGGCCGGAUCUUCCCUCUCUCGCCGGCUGAGGAUCAGGCGGUUAGAGGUGUCCGGAGGAAGCUUGACGCUGAGAGCCAUCCUCCUUCUGAGAGCUGUUCGUUUAAGCGUCGCCGUCGUGAUGCUCAGUUCCAUGCUUCUCCUUUCGAGAGGUCUUUCUCUGCUGUGAGCCCAAUCUGCAGCCCGGCUGGAGAUGGAAUGGAGCUGAGUUAG